UGUUAUUGCAGGGCAUGUGGAGUGUUGAGAAAGAGUAAGUGGCGUAAUUCUGCAGGAACGCGAAAAAGGGACACAAACAUGGGAUUGUAUCACUUUCUUUCUCAAAAUCGUCUAGAAAAUAAGAGAAAUCGUCGUGAAAAUGAAAAGAAAUCUGGUUAAAUAUAUCAGACAGUUGCCUUCCAUUGUUUCUUGGUGGUUUUAUUAUGGCUGCUUUGCUCUGAUGGUUUUAGACAUUUAAACAGUUUUAUUUCGCGCAAAACUUUUCACGAGUCAUUGUCAGCUGACUUCCUCUUUCUCCUGUCAAAUUGCAGUUUUUGUUUUUUACUUCACCUCUUCUCGGGGAAAGCCACGCCCCCUUUAGGGGCAAGUCAAGGGCGUGUCCAGACCGGAGAAGCGGUGGGAAAACUAACAAGGCUGUUUUAUCAGCAAACUCACUUUGUCUUAGCUUUACUUCCUGCCUGUCCAUCAAGCAUGCAAGGACCGUUCAAAUCCGUCUCUCUCCCAUGGGUUCUUCUGAUAUUCAUCGUUGUUUUUCAUGUGGAAGCGCUUAAACCUCAUCUGUUAGGCAGACGCAGUGUGGCAAGGACUUCUUCCCAGCACAGAAGCGUGUCUUACAAAACUCUGUAUUUUGAUCAGCAGAUCGAUCACUUUGGGUUUUUGGAGGAUGGCAUGUUCAAGCAGAAGUACCUUGUCAACGACCAGCACUGGCAUAAGAACAAUGGGCCAAUUCUGUUUUACACCGGAAAUGAGGGAGACAUCACGUGGUUCUGUAACAACACUGGCUUCAUGUGGGACAUUGCAGAGGAGCUGGGAGCCAUGCUUGUUUUUGCUGAACAUCGCUACUAUGGGGAAUCCAUGCCAUUUAAAAAUGAGUCUUACAGCAAUGCCAAGUACUUGAACUACCUGACAUCAGAGCAGGCAUUAGCUGACUUUGCAGUGUUGAUUAAGUCACUGAAGACAUCUCUGCCAGGAGCCCAGAACAGCCCAGUCAUUGCCAUUGGAGGAUCCUAUGGUGGAAUGUUAGCUGCUUGGCUCAGGAUGAAAUACCCCCAUGUAGUUAUAGGUGCUUUAGCUGCCUCUGCUCCGAUCUGGCAGUUUACUGACAUGGUGCCUUGUGGUGAUUUCUAUAAAAUAGUCUCCCAAGACUUUGCCAAUAGUGGAAUCAACUGCAGCAAAAACAUCAGGAGGUCCUGGACGGCGAUCAACAGCAUGUCCUCAACAGCUGAAGGUCUGCAGUGGCUGUCUCAGGAGUUUGGCCUGUGUUCUCCAUUGCAGGAAGAGGACAUAAAUGACUUCAAGGCCUGGCUUCAGGAGACCUGGGUGAACUUGGCGAUGGUUGAUUACCCUUACGAGGCCAACUUCCUUCAGUACCUCCCACGCUGGCCUGUUAAGGUUGUCUGUACAUACCUUCAGUUUGAUACUGAUGUGUCAGACAAGCAGCUGUUACAUGGCAUCUCGCAGGCAGUGAGAGUAUACUACAACUACACAGGCAGUGCUGCUUGUCUUAAUGUGUCUGAGACUGCUACUGGAAGUCUAGGAAUUAGGGGUUGGUUUUACCAGUCUUGCACAGAGAUGGUGAUGCCCAUGUGUACAGAUGGCUUUCAAGACAUGUUUGAGCCUAUGGCAUGGAACUUCCAAGCUUUCUCGGAUGAGUGCUAUGCACUGUUUGGGGUACGGCCACGUGAGGAUUGGGCAGGUACUGUGUAUGGCGGGAAGAACAUUAGCGCCCACAGCAACAUAAUCUUCAGUAAUGGAGGUCUUGACCCUUGGAUGAGUGGCGGAGUAACUAAGAGUGUCUCUGACUCUCUGGUUGCCAUUUUGAUUCCUGAUGGCGCUCAUCACCUCGACUUACGCUUCAAAAAUGAAGAUGACCCACAAUCGGUUGUCUUUGCCCGGAAACUGGAAGUGAAGUAUUUAAAGCAAUGGAUCAAACAGAAUGCAGGUGCACAAUAAAUAAUCAGGACAGUAUAUAGAGACUGGUUAGGACAUGGAUUAAUAAAACCAUAAGGAUAUCAACAGAUUGUGCUUUCUGCCAAAGAUUUUCUUACCAAAACUGACCAAAGAAGUUGUUUAUGUCUAAUCAGACUUUAAAAAAAUAUUUUUGGAAAAUGUGUCUGUGCAUGUUUUUAUUUAAUCAUUAAAAAUAUUUUUUGAUCUAA